UAUAUAUCACGAGCCUCUCAUCCAAGCCCAACGGUCUUAUUCACUCCAACCCCGCUCCACUUCUUCUUCUUCCAAACAAACAUGUCUCAGAAGCCAAAGCAUCUCUCUUUAGUUAUGUCUUCACUUCUAAUUAUUUUAGCUACUUUAUUAUGUUUAACAGAGUCCAAAACUUUCUGGGGUGAUGUGAAAGCUCUUAAAGACUUGAAAAGCUCAGUAGAUGCCAAAUCCAUGAGUCCAGGCUCUUGUCUGAGUACCUGGGACUUCUCCCUCGAUCCCUGCGACAAUGUCUUCAGCGACACAUUCACUUGCGGGCUCCGCUGCGUAUCGGGUCGGGUCACUGAGCUCAGUUUUGACCAGGCCGGUUACUCCGGCUCCCUCUCUUCCUUCUCCUUCAACCUCCCUUAUCUCCACACCCUCGAUCUCACCGGCAACUACUUCUCCGGUCCACUCCCCGACUCACUAUCCAAUCUCGCCCGUCUCACCCGCCUCGCCCUCUCCGGAAACUCCUUCUCAGGAUCCAUACCCGACUCCCUCGGGUCGAUGCCGCUUCUCGUGGACCUCCUUCUAGACAACAACCGCCUCGACGGCUCUGUUCCGGCGAGUUUUAACGGUCUUUCCAGCCUAAAACGGUUAGAGAUCCAAGUCAACAACAUCUCCGGCGAGUUCCCUGAUCUCAGCUCACUCAAAAACCUCUAUUACCUCGACGCUAGCGAUAACCGGAUCUCGGGUCGGAUCCCGUCAUCGUUACCGGAGUCUCUAGUCCAAAUCUCGAUGCGAAACAACCUCAUCCGAGGAACCAUCCCUCAAAGCUUCAAACUUUACAGCUCUCUCCAAGUGAUUGAUCUUGCCCACAACAAACUCAGCGGCUCAAUCCCAUCUUUCAUCUUCACUCAUCAGUCUCUACAGCAGCUAACACUCUCCUUCAACGGCUUCACCUCUUUAGAUUCACCUUACUAUUCUCCCUUGAGUCUCCCCAGCGAGCUUAUAUCAAUCGAUCUCAGCAACAACCGGAUCCAAGGCGUGUUACCUCUGUUCUUGGGUUUAUCACCAAAGCUCUCAGCUUUGUCCUUGGAGAACAACAACUUCUUUGGUAUGAUCCCGACCCAAUACGUCUUGAAAACCGUCUCGUCCGGAUCCGAAUUCUCCCGGUUUCAGAGACUCUUGCUAGGCGGGAAUUUCUUAUUCGGUGUCGUACCGGGUCCUUUGAUGGCUCUGAAGCCUGGCUCAGCGAACUUGCAGCNUCCUGUACACGGCUACGGUAGAAUUUGA